AUGCGACGAGCAAUCCCCCGAAUAGCCCUCCCAGUGACGGCACGCCCAUGCUGCCGUACGGUCUGCCGCCCCACUCCCACCACCACCACCACUCCCCGCCAUUUCUCCACGGCGGUUCCUAAAAAGGCCGACAUACCCAUCCAGGAAGUCCUCCGCCGCAAGAUCUGGGGAUCGGAGGAGGCCCCUGGCGCCCCCGGCAUGCCUCCACCCGCCCCACAAAUUCCCAUGGUCGAGGAGCCGACAAAAGAAGAGGCUGAGCGCGAGGGUUAUAUUGAAGAAAGCGAUGGUAGGGCAUUACCGGUCGUUGGCUUGGCGCCUGGAUUGACCGAGUGGGAUGUUCAGACGUAUGCGCAUAUUUCCAUUUCUUUCCACAAUGUAUGGAUCGAUGGUGGGUUGGUGGGUUGACGGGAGGUCGUUAGGUUCGCAAACGUUACAAGACCACCGAGCACUGAGGCCAUUCAUGCUGCUAUGCAUCGUGCCGUGGUGGAGGUUUACACGCACGCUCUAAACGGAAAGCCCGUCGAUACUCCAGCGGUGGAAGGCAGUGUUGCGGAAGAGGGGUUUACGCCUCGCGUGCGUAUUGAGGUUAGGCAGAAUGGAGAGGCGGUGUUUCAUUAUGGGGAUACGAGUGUUGAGGGGGAGGUUUUGAAGCUGAGCACUGGGGUUGAGGGGGAAGUGGUGGAAGAGGGUGCUAUGGGCGAGUGGCUGCAGGAGGGAUUGGAUGGAAAGGGGUGGGUAGAGUUGGGGUUUCGCGGGGACGAUAUCAAAUUUGCUGUAAGUGCUCUCCCGGCCUUUUAGGAUGGGGUGUUGAUCGAGUGUAGGUUUACAAAAGAGUCUAUCGGCUCACUGGGAUAAGGGUUGCGGAUCCGGAUCUUAAUCGGACAAAAACAGUAGCUGAUCUUUGUACCCCGCCCCCGCUUCCCCAAAUCUUAUAUACAUAUAUCUAAUGGAUAAUAGUAACCCAUCUAGUCGCUAAGCCUCGGCCUACAAAGCUCUUUGACAUCCUAAUCACCGAAACUGACCUUCCGACCCUCCCGAAUGUCAAGAUCGUUGGACAGAGAGUUAGGCCGUGGGAUCGCGAGAGAGUUAUUGGAAGGGAGCAACCAUUCGAAAAGGUUGUUGGGCACACAUAUCCCUUCGAAGAGGCCAGGAGGUAGGCUUCGGUACAGGGUUGUAUAUAUGUAUUUAAGUUACUGGGUUGCGUUAAAAUUGGUUUGGGCUGUUCAUUGUAUUGUGCUGUGUUCUCUAAUGCCUGAUCUCAGAGACUAGGCCGGCUCGCCCGGCCAUCCCCAUGGGUGAUUGCGUGUAUACGCAGCGGCUUGGAUCUGGUAUUUAAAAUGACCAGCCCUCCCACCUUUUCUAGCAUCCCCCGUCCGUCCUCAUUAUUCCCAUUCCCAUUCCCAUUCCCACUCCUAUUCCCUCGUCUUGGAGAACAGCAUUCAUCGAUUUGAUAGUCCCUGCCUUUAUCGAUCUUAGUUGCUUCCAAUCAGUCAUUUACUCCUGUUUUCUUCCUUCCAAUAAUUUCAUUCGGAUAGGGUGCCUGUGGGGCACACGGGGGGUCUUGCGGUCGAUGACGAAGAUGGUCAUCAAAUCCUCACUCUGUAUCUGUGGUCUAAAACCGGCAGUUUGCCUGUGGAGAGGAGGGGUGUUUCAAGAGGUCAGAGGAAAUGAAGGAGCGAGCGGACCGGAAUAGCUCCAUGUCUGCUUUACGCAGAUCAGUCGGGCAACUGAGGGAACCACCUCAUGACGGGUGUGGGCAAUGGAAUUCUAAACUCUCUUGGUCCUUCCCUUUUCUGAUCUCUCAUCUCCUGCAAUAUUUUUUGAUUUACCUUUGGGCCUUUCUCUCCUCCCUUUUUACUACUUGGUGGCCCAACCCCGAUUCUACAAGUACUUUGCACCUGAGAUCCGAAUCGGGAUUACGGAGCCAUCCACCCAUCCGUAAGAAGGGACAAGAGAUCAUGUCUCAAAUGUGCCGUUUCCUACAAAAGAACACCUGCCGCGGGUGAGUAGUCACGCAUUUCUGUGGGUUGAAGCUGGGCGGGGAAUAGUGUCGGUAUCAUGGAGGUUGGAUGUUUAUUGGCUCCAUUGGAUACCUUUACUCGAGUGUCGAUGCAGGGAGUAGGUGCAGCGAGAGGUUUUUUGGUGUGAACAGGUUGGGGUAUAACUUCGAGUUCUUAAUGGAAGUUACUCUGGGUGGAAGAAAAGUGGUUGCUGGUAGGUAGGGAUAAUGAUCACUCCCAUUGAAUUUUUUAAUUGUUUUUCUUCAGUUACUGCUGGAAGGCAAAGUUUCUUGUUGCGUGAAAUGGCCACAAACCCAUACUGUCCGGCCUCAGGCCGAUCGGGGGGGGGGGAUUAUGCCUUGUGCGACUCAGUGUUUCCAGAGAUUCCAUCCAGCGGGGACGAGUUCGGACUGAAGAAUUUUUAUAUAGAGAUAGAUAGGAAAGAAAUAUAUGGACAAAGAUAUUCGACCAUCGCCGCACAUGACAAUUUCUCCGGCUCAUCUAACGGCCCUUUCAGCCCUCACUUCCUCCAGAAAUACUAGUAUAGACUUGUCCUUAAUAUCACUCACCCGUACCAAUGCUCCAGAAACA